AUGUCUCCGUAUUGUCCUCCCAUAACGUUGACCAAUGGUGAUCACCAGAUCCGAAUCACUACUAUCAACACCUUUAGUGGCAUAAAUCUUGAGUCGUUUGAGUCUGUUGAUCUCCAUUACUUUGAACCCAAUGAUCUGACACUAAAAGCACUCCGCAAAGUGCAUGAUCCAUACAUGUUUGUUGAUGUACAACAACAUGCACAGUUGGCCAAUGGAGUUAUGUUUGAAGUUCUGGACCGAGUUUAUGGAGUCAUAGUGUUUGGGUCCCAGUGUUUUCUAGAGACUGUUACAGGUGGCGUAUGCAAAUCACCAAUACUUCUUCAAAAUAACAAUACUAGUGAUGAUGUGCUACAGCAAUUACAAACUUCCAAUGAUAGACUUGGGUUGAAGUUGAGUGCCGCUAAUGUGAUACGUCUAAAACCUCCGUCACAAACAGGCACAGUUACAGGUUCAAUAGGUACAUCUGUAGCUGAUCCCCUUCCCGAUCCAUUGACUUUCAUAUCUACACGAUAUUACUCCAUGCUUUAUUCUACGUCGACUCCCUUAAGUUACUUUUCCAAAACAGCCUUCACUCGACUCAUGAACCUUUGUUCGAGUUCGAAGGACACCGUGAGCCAGAUCCUCGCCCAGUUGGUGCUCACCAUUGAAGACUUCGAUAGGAGACACCAGGGGAAAUACGGGUGUUUGAUUGGUUUAGAUCCAGACCAUUGGCCAUCCUCUAGAUCCGGCUCCGAAGAAUUGGCCCAUUCCAGUUUCAUCAGUAAAUUUAAGGAUACAAUCGAUAUGGUGACUGAAGGUGAUCCCGAAGGUGAUGGUGACCCUGAUGGCGAUUCUGACUUUAAUAAAUCUAAAAUGUUGGCACAAGAAAGGUUGGGGACUCUUUUGCUUGAUUUGAAAGUUAGAGAAGCCCAAUUACAAAUUUUGGUGACACUUGAGUUGCUUUGGCUACAAAUAUCCGAUGAGUCUUUGUUCCUUGAAAAGUGUCAGAAGGAACAAGAGAAUGGAGCUAAAAAGGCUCAGAAAAUGGUACGAUCGUCUUUGGUAAGAAAGAACAAGUUAAGGAGAAAGAUUGUACCGACAUUUUUAGGCAUGGGUGUUCAAAUUAACUACGAUAACCGACUGGCACUGCCAAUGGCAAUGGCACUGCCACCAUCAGGAACAACUAUUGACGAGUUUGCGUUGUUCAGCAUCUUAUCCAAUCUCAUGGAGAGGUUGAAUCUUUGGGAUACACUUCGAACGAAGAAGUCGACAACCGAUAGCUCCAAAUCGUUUCUAGCAUAUGUUGUGGUUCCGUAUUACAGCAAGAAGAUGCCUGUUAUGGUCAAGUUCUUGAUAGAGAAGAUCAAAGGAGUGAGCUUUAAAGGUAAACGUAGAGGAGGGGAUAAAGCACGUACUUCUAAGAGCGAAAGUGAAAAUAAUAAGCACUUAAAACGAGAAAUUAAAAGACCAACUCUUAAACACUCUUUAUCAGGAAUUGAAGACUUACGUCCGGCUGUUAAUCUCCGAAGGUCCAAAUCUUCGUUAUCGUCUUCUAAAAACCUCGAGAGGAGACAAGUGGAUGUUUCUGUUAGUUUGAAGUCGUUCACAGAAUCAACAACCACAACCACCAAACCAGAAACAGUUUCGUCAAACGUUGAAGCUCCAUCUCAAUCGUUCAUUUUCACUAGAGGAAGGAAAUCCAGUAACUCUCAGAUUUCAACAGCUACCAAGCAACCUUCAUAUGCCCAAGUGGAAGCAACUCCAAUGAAGCACAACAGACUAUCUCAAGUGAUAGACACACCCAUGACAAAGUCCGACACCAAAUUAAUACCGUCAUCGAGUACAAAGAAGUUCUCUCUUAAUGACCGUUUGAAAGCUGCUUCCUUUUUGGAAGAAGAAGGUCAGAACUUAAAAAUGAAUCCUCCUGCAACUACUACUAUUGACAGUUCACCCAUAUUGACUAGAACAGUUAUUGGUAGUUCUCCAAUGAUGACCAGAACUAUAAUCGAUAGUUCUCCACCUUUGAGGCGAGAUAGAGUAAUUGAUGAUAGCUCACCAGCAUCCAGAAAUAAGAACUCUACCACGUCAGUCAACUAUAAUUCCUACGGAGAAUCUCCAUCUAAAAAGCAAAAGCUUUCAAGUCAUAGUCAAAGUCAAGCUACAAAUUACUAUGAUACAGAUGAGGAUCAGUUUUAA